AUGGUGCGCUGGCUUGGUCCAUCGUACAGACCUUCACCUUUCCCCAACCACCCGGACUGCGGCUCCCCGGCGGUCGACGUCUCGCGCUCCAUCAUCAACGGCACCGACGCCCCGGCCAAAGCCUGGCCUUGGGUGGCAAUCCUCAGCAGCAGUAACGCCAUCUGCGUCGCCAUCUUGAUCAACCAUUCCUGGUUGCUAACCGCGGCCCACUGCGUCCACGACUACCACACCUACACCGUCACGCUAGGAAUGAACACCAUCAACGACUUCAGAAACAACCCCAACAUCGUCACCCGCAAACUCGCGUUUAAAAAACGCCAUGAAAAUUACAACAAGCGAAGUAUAUGGAACGACAUCGCCGUGUUGAAGAUGCAAACACCAGUCGACUUCACCGACUACAUCAGGCCGAUAUGUCUACCUUUCAGACAUAUACAAGACGAUAAACACUGUUAUGUCGCCGGGUGGGGAUUUACCACACCCCACGGGGUCUACCCUAAAACACUACAGCAGUUAAAGACUUAUUUCUUUGACCAAUCUCUCUGUUAUUAUAUAUGGAACUUCUUCACCUUGCCUCCGAACGACAAGCAAUUUUGUAUGGGUAUUCCGGAAGGAGGCGGAGAGUGCCGAGGUGAUUCGGGAGGCCCUUUGAGCUGCAGUCGUGAUGGUAGAUUCUAUCUGGUCGGCGUUCAUUCGUUUGGUGCCAGGAAUUGUAUUGCCAACUACCUGCCUCCAGUUUAUACUAAAGUGUAUGCACAUUUAGAUUGGAUUAACGAACAAAUAAAAACGCAUAAUGAACUAAAUUAA